CCUCUCUCCGCCCCAAUCAUCGCUCUGACGCCCUGUUACUGCAGCGUGCUGAAGCCAAAGGGUGUCUUCCUCUACCUCACCUUUGGCCAGCCGCACUUCCGCCGGCCACUGCUGCAGCGCGAGGCGUGGCAGAUCGAGACGCGCACGCUGGGCGAGCAGGACAUGUUCCCUUACUACUUCUACAUCUGCAGGAAACAAUAGAUGCCUUUGGAGAGAUGUGAGGCUUGCUGCGCGAGAUGGACAAAGCUCUGCGCGCCACACAGUCGCUGGUACCGUCCAGACGGCUCUGUGGGCCAAUCCACUCAGUUGAGCAUCAACCAGCGCACCGCGUUUCUCGGAAGGCAGUUAGACGAGCGCAGCAUCGCAGAGAAGAGAAAGUCCGCCUUGCUCAGGCCUCACACUUCUCCGCUCACAGCUCUGGAUGAAACGGGAGAGAGGCGUGCACUCGCACAGCAGCGUGCGAGAUUGUCCCCGCAUCGAUGGCAGACAUUACCUGGAGCGAGCCGUGGCUCCACGGCCAUGGUCGAGUCUCGCAAAGAGGAGCAACGCUGGCGUGAGGGAGCUGGCGCGGGCGAAGCCGCUGCGCUGCCGGACGCAGGCCGCGGACGCAGCACCGAGCCACGCGCGCGGCAGACGCUGCACCUGAGCGCACUCCGCCGUCAGCCAGCACGUCACGCAGCAGCGACGCCUGCCCGCUCCGACUCGGCGUAGACGCAAGGCAGCGAUGAGAGGCCAUCAUGUCUGGGCGCUGCUCGCUCAUGCUCGAGACCCGCAGAUGCAGCAUCAGCGGGUGUGGUACAGCAGGCCGUUGGCGGUGCGCGUGGGGGCGCUGCGGCGCUGCGGUGCAACAUGCCCAUGC